AGCCGGGGGCGGCGCCUCGGAACUACGCUUCCCGGCCUCCCCGGGCGUAGCGCGGCGCAGGUGAGGCUCGGGAUGUUGCAGGUGGCGCUGCCGCUGGAUCGCGAGCGGGACGGGGCGCUGCUGCGGGUGCGCUUCACCACGCUGGCGGUGGGGACGGUCUGCUGUCCGCUGGGCGGCUUCCUCUUCUGCCUGGCCUGGGCGCUGCUCUUCCACUUCCCGGAGGCCACGUACACCCACUGCGGCGUGCCCAACUACCUGCCGUCGCUGAGCGCCGCCAUCGGGGCCUCCACGCCCGAGCGCUACGUCUGGCGCCUCUGCAUCGCCCUCCACUCGGCGCCGCGGCUGCUGGUGGCCUCGGCCUACUGGCGCCACUACCGGGGCUGCCCCUACCCGCAGCCGCGCCACUCCCGCCUCUGCCACGCCGUCCUGGCCCUGAGCCUGAGCGAGAACCUGGGGCUGCUCCUGCUCACCUACGUCUCCUCCGCCGAGAACCACGCCUUCCACCAAUUUGCCUUCGGCCUCUUCAUCGUCUCGGCCAUCGGACACAUGUUCCUGACCUGCCUGCUCUGGCGGCUAACCAAGAAGCACGCCAUCAGCCCCGAGGAGCGCAAGUCCUACAAGUGGAAAUGGUGGCUCUUCCUCUUCAACCUGGUCACCUUCCUGGUGGCCGUCUGCUUCUACUUCCGUCAUAACCGGUAUUGUGAGGCUGGAGUGUACACGGUUUUCGCCUUCCUGGAGUACCUGGUGGUCCUGUCCAACAUGGCCUUCCACAUGACCGCCUGGUGGGACUUUGGCAACAAGGAGCUGGUGGUCAGUUCCCAGCCGGAGGACAAGCGCUUCUAGCCGGGAACCGGCCGGCCAGCUGGUGGAGGAGCCUCUUUAUAGGGGGCGGGUGGGGGGCGGCAACGCUGCUGCUUUGGAAAGGGGGGGGACUUUGGGGUGGCUGUGCCGUCCUUGAGCGCUGAAGGAGACAAGGAGCCCCCCAGGAAAGGACUCUUCCACCCCCAGCCCCACCGCUCCCACUGCUCGGUGGGAAGUACUGCAGCCCCCCCGGCUUCCGCUCUCCAAAGGACGUUGGAGGCCACCACUGGUGCUGCUGCCUACUAGGGAGGGGGGACAUUUAAUCUCCAGGGUGGUGGGGGCGGGGGCUCCCUGCUGGGGGAGUGGUGGCUGGCUCCCUUCAGCCACGGGUUCCCCCGCUGCAAUCAUGGAGGUGAAACAAAUGGGCAGGAGGGGCUGAGGUUCUUGAGACCCCCCUCUCCCCUCCCCUCGUUUUUUAGCUUUUGUACUGAUAUCCCCAUCCCCCCUCUCCCCCCAGGCCGGGGGAAGGGAGGGCUGCUGUGCUUCGACCGUGUUGACCUCCCUGCUCUUUCGCCCUCCUGAGACGUGGAAGUCUGGGGAGAGGCUCAAAGUGUGCAUUGCGUGGGUCCCCCGCACCCCCCCCAAAGAUACAGAUCUGGAGAAUCGGGGAGGGAGGGUGCGUGGGCUGCUGUGCGGUGGCUGCUUGACCAAAACUGACUUGAACAAUGACUGAAGGAGAGGCUCUGCGGAACCAUUUGGGCCGAAGGGAGGCUGGGCAAGGUCCAGUUCUUUCUGUGGACGGGAUGUGGAGGAUUCGCUCGGGGGCCGUGCCUUUCUUGGCUCCAAGUCCCCCCUGCCCCCACACUCCAGUUCCUGCUUGGGGCAGACAGGAGAAGCGAGGCUGAGCCCAGCGGCUGCCCCACAGAGGAGGCAGGGAGGCUCCUCCAUGGUCAUCGGUUCCCCCCCCCCAGUGGCAGAGUUGGUAGCCCUGAGCCCAAAUGCGCCAUCUGAAGGUCGGGGCCUUCGGACACUCGGACCCCGGGGUCACCCUGGAGCGGUUCUUGUUCCUCUUCCUCCCGUCUCUGUGUGGAAAAAUUUGCAUUGCCAGAUAAUGUAUUUUCAUCUACUUUUUACUUUCCCCACAAAAUAAAGCACUGAGUAUUUUUUUAAAA